AUGAGGUGGCUGUUGGGCAGCAGCUGGAGAAAAUUUGGACAUGCUGACAGGGGAAACUACGACUGGCUAGACAGUGAGCCGGGUGGGCCACUCCUGGAAACAGAGCUUCAGAGCAGACAACAGAAAAGCUCAACCAAAGAUGACAUAGAACCAUUUCUGUGCAUCAUAUUGCCUGCCACCGUGAUGCUCUUCCUGGCAUUCCUGCUGCUCUUCCUCUACCGCCGUUGCCAGAGCCCCACUCCCCAGGGGCAGAUCUUCAGCAUCGACCUCCCUGAGGCCAUUCCUGAGCAAGAGGUCUCCAGUUUCCUUUCUGUGCUCCCCUGGAACAGUGAACAGAGUUUCCACUACUCCACCCUGCUCCCUGAUGCCACGUUCCUCUCUGUUUGUUUGCCUCCAUCCUACGAGGAGGCCACCAUGAAAACCUCCGUGGACGGGGCUCACGUUGAGCUCUCUCCAGACCCGGUGCCUCCUUAUGAAGAGAGCACACUGCAGCCCAGCAGCACCAAAUAAACUUCCUAUGGAAGCACCUUAACUGAAGCAUGCAGCCCCUCAAGGCACAAAUGUGGAGCUGCUAUGGCCUUUAAAAUUAGCAAAAAGAUUCCAGAUGA